AUGACCUUUGGCCUCAGCAGACGCCUGCCUGCAUGGAUGGAUGAUGGCAUCGGAAUUCAGGAAUUUGUCGAGACCAUGGAGGACUCGGCGAACCCGAGACUGUUUGCCCAGAAUAUAUUGGGCUUUCUGGAUGACAUCCGGAGCACUCCUGGGAUGGAACACCUGAGCCUGCUCCCGCUGGUUGCUGCUUACUGGAGGCGUCUGGCGCAGAGAUGCGAUGAAAUCUUGCAACUGCACUUCAGGACAGCACGGAAAGUGCCAGCGGAGUUCUAUAUGGACCUGCAUGAUACGUAUGCACGCAUUCGUGCCCGUACAUGGUACCUGUAUGUGGAUGCUGCUUUGGCACGGACACCACGGGACCACCAAAUACGGAGUUGA